GUCACUCCAGAUGUGCUCAAAAACAGAGACUCUGUGUGGAAGCCCAGUCCCCAAUCCCAGGGAGAGUCGGAUUAAGAGAGGUGCCGACUCCGUCCCACCCAGGAGGCAGUGGCUGGCCUCCACCCUGCGGAGGCGCGCAGAGGGCAUUUCUUCCCUCCUGGAAAGGGAAGGGAGGCAAGAAUUCUACCUACGUCUCCCUGGGAGGAACUCUAGGUCCACCUGUAGCCACUGGGAUCCCACCUGGGCUGAGGGUCCAUUCUUCACCUUUUGGGAGGAAAAGAUGGAUUGGAAGGCACUGGUGCUCCUGCUGCUAUAUUCCCAUGCUCAGGCUACGGUGUCGCACAGGUGGAGCAGGGCAAAGCUCUUCCCUGCUGCUCAUCGGCCAAAGAGGUCGUCAUCCAUGCCAUUGAACCCAGUCCUGCAGACCUCCCUGGAGGAAGUGGAGCUGCUCUACCAGUUCCUGCUGGCCGAACUUGAGAUCAGCCCUGACCUGGACAUCUCCAUCAAGGAUGAGGAGCUGGCCUCCUUGAGGAAAGCCUUGAACUUCCACACCAUCUGUAAUGAUGUGAUCCCCAAACGCAUCCCAGACAUCCGCCGGCUGAGUGCCAGCCUGUCCAGCUACCCUGGCAUCCUCAAAAAAGAAGACUUUGAAAGGACACUGCUGACCCUCGCCUACACAGCCUACCGCACGGCCCUGUCCCAAGGGUAUCAGAAGGACAUCUGGGCCCAGUCCCUCCUUAGCCUCUUCCAGGCCCUGAGGCAUGACUUGAUGCGAUCCUCAGGCCCUGGAGUGUCUCCCUGAGAGGCUGGCCCACAUCAGGACCUCGAAACAGGGACCAGCACACACAGCAAUCCAGAAAGUUCACUCUCUACUCCAUGUACCAUCAACAGAGAGUGGCAGAGAUAGACUAAGAGUAACUCCAUGCUCUUCUGCUCUUGGUGCUUCCUGAUACACACCCCCGAUUGGUGUCAUAAUGUGACCUGGGCAGAAAGAAAGGACUAAAGGGGUAUUCAAGAUACCUCCAGAUGCAGGAUGAUUUGCCAGGUGAUGCACAGAAGUCCAAGAUGUGCUUUGACCAGAGAAGUUGCCACACACACACACACACACACACACACACACCCUUGAGUGAGGAUACAGUAGAGAAGACAUCAUAGUUUUAGGCAUGGCUUGAAGACGGGAAACAGAUUCCUUUGGUGCUAAGGGACCAGGGUGCCAGACGAAGGGGGUAGGGGAAGGGGACCUGUUUCCUAAGGUUCUACAGUAAAUGUCAAAGAGGUAGAUCCAUACCCUAAUAAAUAUGUGGUCAGUCCAGGAUGUAUGGGACUUUUCCAAAAGCCAUCAAGAAGAAUCAGCUAGAAAAUCAGUCACUGUAAGACCUCUAUGUGUCUUUGCUGAAGGUCAGUCUACUACAGAGGAGACACAGGAAGGGGGCUCUGAGAAAUGGGGCCAUCCCAUUCAUAUCCUGUCUUUUGAACAAAGAGACUAAGCUAAUGCAAAGAGGUCCUCCGAACGCCAGAGAUGGCACCAACACCCAGGCCUAUCUGUAAUUGCUAAGCCUCAUCAAAUAAUUAAGUGCUGCAAAUAAAAGUGAUUUUCAGUUGGCAGAAUUUUACCCGUUCAAAUGCCAAAAUUUUCAUUUUAAAAAUAUUGACUUGGUAUCUAUUUGAACCCUAUGUAUAUGGUUUAAGCUUCUAUUUGGUAUCUUAAGAUAAUCAUUUGGAACAUUCUAAGGAAGGAGGCGGAUAAGAUAAUCUCUAAGUUUCCUUCUAUCUAUUAAAUUCCUACAAUCACUUGCAACCGUGAAAUGCUACAGGGACGGGGUCUGGAUCUGAGAGGUCUGCUGGGCUGUUGAGACCACCCCUGCAAGAUCUGGGCUUUGCCCACUGUGUCCAGUUCUGAGGUUUUCGCUGCCCAUCAGGCUGUUGGAGCCCACCUUCACAGUUUGUUCUUCUUUAGCUUCCAUUGCCUGCAAACUGAGGUAGCCCGGCUUCUGAACUCCGUUAAUGAGAGUUAACAGGUGAAGGCCUCUGCUACUAGAAAGGUACCCGUGUUCUGAUACAGAUUCCUCACCAGCACAGAGAUCUUUCCGGCUUCUCCUCCUAGGGUUACUGCUGGGUUCCGGAGGCUAACGCUGUAAGAACUCUGAUCUCUGGAUGAGUUGAAUUCACUGGGCUAAACUUGAUUCUUUAAAGAGUAUUUACUAAUCACCAUUUGAUGAUCGUGAGGUCCAGGCUUCCUCAAAAUCUUUGAACAAAAGAGCUGCCUGUCAGCACUAACUGCAUGGUCUUUGGAGAACUAUCGAGAUGCCAGAGAAGGCAUUUAUUGUCCAAGAAAAAUACAGCUUUGCAUUCUGAUACUCUCAGGCUCAGAAGUUUAAUAAUUCUUAGCCUCUCUGUCUUUCUCACUCCCUGAUUAUACCACUCUUUCCUUUCCUCAAAGGCAGAUUCUGAUGUGUGCUUUUUUUUUCGCUUGAUAUUUCUCUUUCUAACAUUACAUGUUCUCUUUGAUACAGUUUCUCUCUCUCUCUCUCUCUCUCUCUCUCUCUCUCUCUCUCUCUCUACCUCUAUCUCUCUUUCUUUUCUAUUCUUUCCAUUCUAGUUUUUGUCUCUGUUCCUCUAUAUUUUGGCCCAAUUCUGAUUUUGUUUUUUUUUGGCCUGUACUAGAGGUUGAACCUCAGCCCUCACACAUGCAAGGCAGUUGAAUGAGCUACAGAGCCAGCCCUUUUUAAUUUUUAUUUUGAAAUAGAGUCUCUCUAAAUUUCCCAGGCUAGCCCCAAAACUAGCCUCCUGCCUCAACUUCCCAAGUUGCUGGGAUUAUAGGUGUGAGCCACCAUGCCCAGCUCUGAAUAUUUUUCUUUGUGUUUUUUAUACAUCUCCAUCCCUUCUGGUUGGCUUCUGCUCCAUCUCUCUUUAUCUGCCUUCCCAUAUUAUCACACUCAGUGUCAUUCAGUUUCCUUUGAACAGAGCAAAGGUCAAUGUACAAACAGGGUUAGAAUUGCCCAGGGAUGGACCUCAAGCCUACCUUCACUCCCUGUACCUUCCUGGAUGUGGGGUGGGAAGGAGACUGGCCCUUAUUCUCAGUGCUUGGAUACUGUGCAAGAUGGUCAGUCUUGUAUCCCACUCCGAGAGUCCACUCCCAUCAAAACGGGUCUAAGAACUUUCUUGUACUCAGAAUCACCAGGUGGAAAGAUCCAUCUGUAUAGUUCCUGACUACCAUGUUAAACAAAGUGGCUGCUCCCAGGAGUAAGAGAUCUGUAAACAGGAGGACCCUUCCCCACUGGGAGCAAUGACAGCUUAUUCACUCAGCAACAAAGAAUCAAAAGGCACUUUAUAUUCAUAAAUUAUGACAAUCAAUGACUAAAAAAAACAGGGGGAAAGGGACAGGACAUUUUUAAGAAUAAAGACUUCAUUUUCAACAACUAGAUUCUUAAACACUAUUUUAAUCUAAGAUAAAUUCUUACCCACAAAAUGUCUUUAAAUAAUGGCUUCAUGACAUACAAAAUCAUAUAUGCUCACCAUCUCCACCCAAAAAACCCUAUUUCUUGUCCAGGGAACAACAGAGAAAUAAGGUGGAAACAGACUCUCCCAUUUGGCCUCAUGAGCAUAACACUCUAUAGACAAUCACAAUCACAGCUGGCCUGCCUUUUGUCACAUUUACUCACAGAAUAAUUUGGGGGUGGAUGUUUGCAGUGGAAAUUUGCCUGUGGCUUAUGGGGCAUUUCUGCCAUUUCUAUACUGCUGGGAAGUUUUAGUGUCUAAAAACUCCGGAAGCUUCCUGUAUGGAUGGCAUCCUGGUGGCUCUCUCUGGUCAUUCAAGAGACAAUGACAAACAUCAACAUGCUGAAUCUUUCAUUGCUCUGUCAUUCUAACCUUGAAUCUGAUGAUAAAAUAAGUUACAUAAAAGGUAUGUCAAAAGGCAUUUGUGUAGGUAAAACUAGUCUAAAAAAUCGUAAUCUUAACUGUGUUUAAGCCUCCGGUACACUAGUGUUACAUCUAUGUAACAUUGUUUUGUGGAGGUGCUUUUUGUUGUUGUUGUUACUUUGUUUUUGUGGUGCUAGAAAUCAACCCCAGGGCCUCCUGCAUGCUACACAAAUGUUCUACCACUCAGCUGUAUCCACAGUCCUGCAUAUUGUGCAACAGACCUCUAGAACCAUCAUUUUACUUUCUUUUUUUAAGAGUCUGGCUACUUUUGAUACCUCAUUCAAGUGGAAUCUAUCUUAUAUGUCUUGAGCAUUGGAUUCUGGAAAGUGUUUUCUUUGUCUAGAAAAUGGAUAGAGUCCUGAAGGAGAACUACUGGUCUUACUGUGUUACUCGCCUUACCUAAUUUUAUUUAACAAUAUUCAUCUAUGGUAUAAUAAAAAUGCCACAGUCAAGUUACUAAA